GAGAAUGAGAGUGAAUGCUUUGCUUUGCUUUGCUUAAGUCUGUUUCAUGUCGGGCUGUUGAUUCAUAAAGUAGAAAAAGCUGUCUGAGCUUUGUUUGCUUGCUUUGGCCUCUCUGGUUUCCCGGCGACAAGUUAGUUUCUUUCACUUCGAUCCCGUCAACAAUUCUCUGUUCACAAAAACCCAACUUCACAAGAACGCUAAACCCAAUAACUCAAACGAAAAGAAAAUACAAGUCCCCGUUGUUGUGAUCAUUUUGUUUUUUCUUUUUGUUUUGGGAUUUGUUUCAUAUAACCCAGUUUCUAGUUUUCUUAUUUUCUUUGGCGGUUGGGUGGUUGGGAAGGAGAAGCUUCCAAUUUGCAAAGUGGGGUUGUUUUUUGGUGAACUUUGGAGACUUGGGUUCACUGUGGAAAUGGAAUAUGUGGAAUUUCUGCUUUGCUGAUUCGAACGUUAGAGCUGCAAAGUUCUGUUCUUUCUGGGUGUCUUUCUGUUUUUUGGUUGGUAACAUCGUUGGGAACUGAGAGUGGUUGCUGGGAUUUGAGCUGAGAGGAAGCAGCUGGAUUUGAAGGGCAAUGAUGGGUUUCUUCAAUUUAGGUGAAGUUAGAACAAGUUGUGUUUUUGGAGGCAAAGUUAGUGCCUUGUUGCAUUUUGGAGAUUGUGGGAGGGCCUAAUUACCUGGGUUCAAUGUGAAUUGGAGAAGCUUUUACUGACCAUUCAAGUUGGUUCUUCAAGCACUUUGCUCUAGAACAAGUGGUACUGCAAUUAAAGGGUAAUGGGCUGCAGCUAGAGCCCUCUGGUCAUAUCUUAGAGUGAACAGAGUUGGAAUUUGAAUUUCUGUUAGACAUAUCAUUCAAAUCUCAAGCAUGAAGGCUCCUUCAAAUGGAUUUUUGGCGACUUCAGGGGAAGGAGAACAGAAGAGAAUUAAUUCAGAGUUAUGGCAUGCUUGUGCUGGGCCAUUGGUUUCUUUGCCUCCAGUUGGAAGUCUUGUGGUGUACUUCCCUCAAGGCCACAGUGAGCAAGUUGCAGCAUCAAUGCAAAAGGAGACUGAUUUCAUACCCAACUACCCCAACCUUCCGUCAAAACUUAUAUGCAUGCUUCAUAAUGUCACAUUGCAUGCUGAUACGGAAACAGAUGAGGUCUACGCACAGAUGACUCUCCAACCAGUAAACAAAUAUGAGAAGGAAGCAAUACUGGCAUCUGACAUCGGCCUCAAGCAAAGUAGGCAACCUUCUGAGUUUUUCUGCAAAACUCUUACAGCUAGUGACACGAGCACUCAUGGUGGAUUUUCUGUACCUCGUCGAGCAGCUGAGAAGAUCUUCCCACCUCUAGAUUUUUCAAUGCAACCACCUGCCCAGGAGCUUAUGGCAAAAGAUUUGCAUGACAGUGCAUGGACGUUUAGACAUAUCUAUCGAGGCCAACCAAAAAGGCACCUGCUGACUACUGGUUGGAGUGUUUUUGUUAGCACAAAAAGACUCUUCGCUGGAGAUUCUGUUCUUUUUAUAAGGGAUGAAAAAUCUCAGCUUCUCUUGGGUAUAAGGCGUGCUAAUAGACAGCAGCCAGCUCUCUCUUCAUCAGUCAUGUCCAGUGAUAGCAUGCAUAUCGGAAUUCUUGCUGCUGCAGCUCAUGCUGCUGCAAAUAACAGUCCAUUUACCAUAUUUUUCAACCCAAGGGCAAGCCCUUCUGAGUUUGUGGUACCUCUAGCCAAGUACAACAAAGCGAUGUAUACCCAAGUUUCACUUGGCAUGCGAUUCAGAAUGAUGUUUGAGACUGAAGAGUCAGGAGUACGCCGAUACAUGGGCACAAUCACUGGCAUUAGCGACAUGGAUACUGUUCGAUGGAAAAAUUCGCAGUGGCGCAAUCUUCAGGUUGGAUGGGAUGAAUCAACAGCUGGUGAACGGCCUAGCCGAGUUUCAAUUUGGGAAAUUGAGCCUGUUGUAACUCCUUUCUACAUAUGCCCUCCUCCAUUUUUCAGACCUAAGUUUCCCAAACAACUGGGGAUGCCAGAUGAUGAAUCCGACAUAGAGAAUGCUUUCAAGAGAGCCAUGCCUUGGCUUGGAGAUGACUUUGGCAUGAAGAGUGCUCCAAACUCGAUUUUCCCUGGUUUAAGUUUGGUGCAGUGGAUGAACAUGCAACAAAAUAAUCAGUUUUCAGCUGCUCAGUCUGGAUAUUUCCCAUCCAUGGUCCCUCCAACCGGCCUGCAAAAUAACCUUAGUACUGAUGAUCCAUCCAAGUUAUUGAGUUUUCAAGCUCCAGUUCUGUCUGCGCCAGGUGUCCAGUUAAAUAAAUCAGCUCCACAAAACCAAGUAAGUCAAGUGCAACAGCCAACUGUGACAUGGCCCCAACAGCAGCAGCAGCAGCUCCAGCAAUUAUUGCAUAGUCCUAUGAACCAACAGCAGCAAAGUCAUCCCCAACAGCAGCAGCUGCAGCAAUUAUUGCACUCUCCUAUGAACCAACAGCAGCAAAAUCACGCCCAACAGCAGCAGCUGCAACAAUUAUUGCAGACUCCUACAAGCCAACAGCUCCAGAAUUACUCCCAUCAGCAGCAGCAGCAGCAGCGGGAGCAGCAACAACAGCAAGAGUCUCAACAGCUGCAGCAGCAGCAGCAGCUACAUCAACAGCAGCCACAACAUCAACCACAACAACAACAACAACGGCAACAGCAGCAACAACAACAAUUACAACCAACUGUUGUAAAUAAUGGUGUUGUUGCUCCUAAUCAGAUCCCAGGCCAAAAUUCACACCAACCAGUUAUGUUCUCCCAGCUUCAACAGCAGCAAUUGCAAACAGGGAAUACCCAAUCCCAGCAAACUGUCCACUCUUCCAGUAAGAAUUCAUUUCAGUUCACAACAGGAUCACAAGACUCACAGCUCCAGCAGCAGCAACUGGAACCACAACCAAGCCUCUUACAAAGGCAGCAGCAGUCAGCACAGUUGCAACAGUCCUCACUGCAAUUGUUGCACUCGAGCAUGUCGCAGAAAGUACAGCAGCAACCACAAGUGCAGCAAUCGUCACAACAGGGCAUCUCAGAGCAACAACUCCAAUUACAGUUGCUACAGAAAUUACAGCAACAGCAGCAGCAGCAGCAACAGUUACUCUCCCCAUCAAGCCCACUUUUGCAACCCCAACUGUUACAGCAGCAGUUAGCCCAUCAACAAAACCAGCAGUUACAACAGUUGCCUGUGUCUCAGCAUCAUCAACAACAGCUAAGCGGAAACAGCUUCUCAGCAGACAAACUUCUCAACAACAACUUCUCAGCUCCAUCACUGAUGCAGUCACAACAUAUAUCUUCAGUCCAACUCCAGAGCCAGCACAAGCCACUUACAGCAAUCAGAAGCCAUUCUGGUCUUACAGAAGGAGACGGUCCAUCAUGUUCAACUUCCCCUUCUACUAAUAACUGCCAGAUGUCCCCAUCAAACUUCUUGAACAGGAAUCAGCAAGGAACAGCCAUGUUGUUGGGGGAUUCAGUGGCAGAACCUGCUAGUAAUUUGGUUCAGGAGCUUCAAAGCAAGUCUGAUAUUCGAAUUAAACAUGAGUUUCCCAGCUCAAAGGGACCAGACCAGAUAAAAUAUAAAGGUACAAUUACUGAUCAGUUGGAAGCUUCAUCAUCUGGAACAUCGUAUUGUCUGGAUGCUAGCACAAUCCAGCAGAACUACGCACUCCCCGCAUUUUGUUUGGAUAGUGAUGUUCAAUCACAUCCUCGGAACAGUCUUCCUUUCUCAGCUAAUAUUGAGGGAUUGGCGCCUGACACUUUGUUGUCAAGGGGAUAUGACUCUCAAAAAGACCUCCAGAACUUACUGUCUAAUUAUGGUGGAACACCAAGGGAUAUUGAGACAGAGUUAUCUACUGCUGCAAUCAGCUCUCAGUCAUUUGGGGCAGCAAACUUACCUUUCAAGCCUGGGUGCUCAAGUGAUGUUGCCAUAAAUGAAGCUGGAGUUUUAAGCAAUGGAUUGUGGGCAAACCAGGCUCAACGCAUGAGAACAUAUACAAAGGUUCAAAAGCGUGGAUCUGUGGGAAGAUGCAUUGAUGUCACCCGUUAUAAAGGGUACGAUGAGCUCAGGCACGAUCUAGCUCGCAUGUUUGGGAUUGAAGGGCAACUAGAAGAUCCACAUAGGACUGACUGGAAACUAGUUUAUGUGGAUCAUGAAAAUGACAUACUUCUUGUUGGUGAUGAUCCAUGGGAGGAGUUUGUAGGCUGUGUCCAGAGUAUAAAGAUACUGUCAUCCGUUGAAGUACAGCAGAUGAGCUUGGAUGGAGACCUGGGCAAUGUUCCCGUCCCCAAUCAAGCCUGUAGUGGAAGUGACAGUGGAAAUGCAUGGAGAGCGCCGUACGAUGACAACUCUGCAGCCUCAUUUAAUCGCAAUCAAAAAUGAAGUCUCAGUUCAUGGAGGGAUGUAAUUGUUCCUCAACGGUGACGGGUUCCACCAGUUUGGCGAAUUGAGCUCAAUCACAUAUUUUUGGUGCAAUGCGGCGGGGUUGAAUUAUGUACAAUAUGACCUUUUCGUCUUUUGAGACCAAUUUGACAUUCUAUUUCUGACUCAUUUGUAAAGGCUUCGGUAGAGACCAAUCAAGGGACGGAAUAUGCGACUAUAGUUAUGACUUAUGGCACCAAGUUUUGUGCCAUUUCUAACCAUUGCAGCUAUUGAUUACUACUGUAUAAAUGGCACUUGAUUUACAUAAGGAUUCAUUUGAUUGUAUGAGCA